AUGGCGUCCCCCUUGGCGCCCCUCCGCCCGCUCCUCCGCGCGACCUCACGACAGUCCCUCGCCCAGGUUGCCAGGAUAACAACGACACCCCGCUCCAAGGCCGCCGCCGCCGCCACUACGGCCCAGCGCGCGACCCCAGCGAAAUCGACCACCACAUCCAGCUACGUCAGGAGAUCCCCGGCGUCGAACACCUCCCGCGCCGCCGCGCCGAGGGCGGCGACCACAACACCCGCGCCCGCGCCGAAGGCGCCAGCUACAACACUCACACCGACGCCCUCGGACCCCCCCUCAGCUGCAACACCCCUCCCCGAAGCGCCCUCGACCUCCCGCCCCGCCGAAACCACCUCGUUCUCCGCCUCCGCAGGCCCUCCUUACCAGCCACAUCAGCAGCAGCAACAACAGGGGCAUGCCAUAGACUGGUCGACGUCGUAUUACGGCCUCGGCAGCCAGCGCUUCUCCAAAGAGAUCGUCGACAUCCUCCUCCAGCCUGUGAACCCGGACGACGUUGAGGUGAAGCCCGACGGCAUCAUCUACCUGCCCGAGAUCAAAUACCGCCGCAUCCUGAACGCUGCCUUCGGCCCGGGCGGCUGGGGCCUCGUACCCAAGGGCGAGGUUGUUGUCGGCGAAAAGAUUGUGACGAGGGAGUAUGCUCUCGUCGCGGAGGGACGAUUCAUCUCCCAGGCGCAGGGCGAAAACAACUACUUCGCGCUCGAGAACCUCCCUUCCGCGGUCGAGGGCUGCAAGUCCAACGCGCUGAUGCGCUGCUGCAAGGACCUCGGCAUCGCCUCGGACCUCUGGGACCCUGUCUUCAUCCGCCAGUUCAAGAAGCAGUACGCCGACGAGGUCUGGGUCGAGCACGUCGUGACCAAGAAGAAGAAGCUGGUCUGGACCCGGAAGGACGUGCCUAUUACGUACCCCUUCAAGCGGACGAACUGA